AUGUCAGUGUCAGUGAGAGAUGUCAGUCUGAAGGAGAAGGAGGAGGUCGUCCUGCGGCGGGAGGAGGCUGUGGAGGAGGCUGUGGAGGAGACUCGGCAAGCGGUGAUAGAGCCAGACCCCGUGCCCGUGGAGGAGGAGGUGAUCCCCGCGGCUGUGGCAGAGGAGACCGCUGCUGUUCCAGAUCCUGAACGGGAGCCAGAGCCUGAACCGGAGCCAGAGCCCGAAGCUGAGCCAGAGCCCGAAGCUGAGCCAGAGCCUGAGCCCGAAGAGGUGAUCGAGGAGGAACCUGAGAUCCUGGAGGAGGAGCUUCCAGCUGAAGAGGAGGAGGCUCCAGCAGUGGAGGAGGAGGAGGAGGCUCCAGCUGUGGAGGAGGAAGAGGAGGCUCCAGCAGUGGAGGAGGAGGAGGAGGCUCCAGCAGUGGAGGAGGAAGAGGAGGCUCCAGCAGUGGAGGAGGAAGAGGAGGCUCCAGCAGUGGAGGAGGAGGAAGAGGAGGCUCCAGCAGUGGAGGAGGAGCCAGCAGUGGAGGAGGCUCCAGUUGAGGAGGCUGCAGUAGAAGAAGAGCCAGUUGUGGAUGCAGUCGCAGAAGAGCUGACCAGACAAGUGGAGGCCGCACUGGAGGAAGCUGCUGCUGAAGAGGAACCAGCUGAAGAGGAACCAGCAGAGGAGGAACCAGCUGAAGAGGAACCAGCUGAAGAGGAACCAGCAGAGGAGGAACCAGCAGAAGAGGAACCAGCAGAAGAGGAACCAGCAGAACCAGCUGAGGAAGAACUGUCUGAAGAGGAGGCUCCUGCAGCAGAGGAAGAGGUUCCACAAGCCGAUGAACCAGUGGAAGAACCAGUGGACGAACCAGUGGACGAACCGAUUGAAGAUGUUGUUGAGGAACCUUUGGAAGCCGAGGAAGAGGCAGCUGAGGAGGAGGCAGCUGAGGAAGAGGUAGCAGAAGUGGAGGCUCCGGCUGAGGAGGAGGUGGAGGAGGAGGAGGCAGCUGAGGAAGAGGUAGCAGAAGUGGAGGCUCCGGCUGAGGAGGAGGUGGAGGAGGAGGAGGCAGCAGAAGAAGAAGAAACAACGCAAGAAGAAGCGGAAGAAGAAGUUUUGGAGGAAGAGCAGGCUCCGUCAGAGGAAGAGGAGGAGGCAGCGACAGAAGCUGAAUUCUCCGAGACACAAGAACAGAGUGAAGAAGAGCCUACAGAAACGUAG